UGCAGCGGCCGAGGGCGCUCCCGCAGGGCCCUUGUCCCCUUUCCCUAGGGCAGCCCGCGCCUGAAGGCAGGAGCGGACCUCGAGGAACCUGGCCCCGCCCGGCCCGGCGGAGCGAUGAGCUUCUUCGGCUUCGGGCAGAGCGUGGAGGUGGAGAUCCUGCUGAACGAUGCGGAGAGUAGGAAGCGAGCAGAGCACAAGACAGAGGACGGCAAGAAGGAGAAGUAUUUCCUUUUCUACGACGGGGAGACAGUCUCCGGGAAGGUGAGCCUCGCGCUCAAGAACCCAAACAAGCGGCUGGAGCACCAGGGCAUCAAGAUCGAAUUCAUUGGGCAGAUUGAACUGUAUUAUGACCGUGGGAAUCACCAUGAGUUUGUGUCCCUGGUGAAGGACUUGGCUCGGCCGGGAGAGAUCACCCAGUCUCAGGCCUUCGACUUUGAAUUUACCCAUGUGGAGAAGCCGUAUGAGUCCUACACAGGGCAGAAUGUAAAGCUACGCUAUUUUCUUCGGGCCACCAUCAGCCGCCGCCUCAAUGAUGUUGUCAAGGAGAUGGACAUAGUGGUACACACACUGAGCACAUACCCAGAGCUGAAUUCAUCCAUCAAAAUGGAGGUUGGGAUUGAGGACUGCCUGCACAUUGAGUUUGAGUACAAUAAAUCCAAAUACCACUUGAAAGAUGUCAUUGUAGGGAAGAUAUACUUCCUGCUGGUGAGAAUCAAAAUCAAGCACAUGGAGAUAGAUAUCAUCAAACGGGAAACGACAGGCACUGGCCCCAAUGUUUACCACGAAAAUGACACAAUAGCCAAGUACGAGAUCAUGGAUGGGGCGCCAGUGCGAGGAGAAUCUAUCCCGAUCCGGCUCUUCCUGGCAGGGUACGAGCUCACACCCACAAUGCGGGACAUAAACAAGAAGUUCUCUGUGCGCUAUUACCUCAACCUGGUGCUGAUUGAUGAGGAGGAGCGGCGCUACUUCAAGCAGCAGGAAGUGGUGUUAUGGCGGAAGGGCGACAUUGUACGGAAGAGCAUGUCCCACCAGGCAGCCAUUGCCUCUCAGCGCUUCGAGGGCACAGCAUCCCUGGGUGAGGUGCGGACCCCCAGCCAACUGUGUGACAACAACAGCAGGCAGUAGGCUGCUAGGCCAAGAAGCUGCGGGACUUCCCCCCAGUACCCCCAUCUACCAAACACCAGCGGCUGAGGGAGGGGAAGGAUGGUGUGAGGCUCAGCUGACCAUUAUUUGCAACCUGAAAACAAAUCAUGUUUUUGACUUAAAUUCUUUUCUCUGAAGAACUGAAGGGGAUUGGGUUGGGAAACGGUCUCCUUGGGAUUCUGCGGCUGCAAGGAUAGCGAGAGAGAGAGAAAGCAUCAUCGUGGAAGCUAGUCUUUCUCUGAAGAAUAAGAGCCCUCCUCCUGAGCUGCUUUUUGUGUCUCAAAGGAGAUCCAGGAGCAUGCAGCCUCGGCUUCUGGCUCCGAGUUUCCUGAUGUAGGAUCUGAGCAGGUCCCUGGGAUUUAGAGCGGCCAGCAGGGCCCUGGGUCACAUCUCAUACUCCCUUUGACCAUCCCUGAGGUAGUCCCAAGAGGAGAGGGCCUGCCCUGUCCUAAAUGAGGUGGGGGGACCUCAAGAUCAGGAAGCUACCUCUCAGGGAGUCCUGAAUGUGGUGCUCUAGAGUCUCCACAGUCAUCUUCACUCUGGCCUGUCACUGCUGGGACCCAGGUGCCUGCCUUCCCCACCUGCUCUGGCUUGCCAUGAACAUCCCAGGACAGAAGCUGAUGGAACAGCCUGGGGCUGACUGGCUCCUCAUCCACAAGAGAUACCAGGGUCCAGAAAGCCCUGGGGUCAGUGUCAUGCAUGGAUGGCCAGGAGGCUGAGCCACUAAGGAAGGACUCAAGCAUGGCAACUGUCUCCCUUUGAGUGUGACUCUACUUGGCAGUCUAAGGUCUGAGUCCUUCUAGGGUAUUACUGUAAGUAACCCAGCAAGCUCCAAGUAAGAGCUUUUGUUCCCUUUAAGAUGUCCUAGGAAGGGGCCAGAAUUCUUUUCUUCCCAGACCGUACCCUUCUUCACUGCUUAUCUCUCCUUUAAUUUCUGGGAGUUGGGGUUUCGUUUUAAGCACUUGUAAAUUUUGUUCCUACUCCUACUUUAAAACUGUUCACCUCUAUACCUGUAAGUUAAAGGAGGGAGAUGGGAACCCCAGCAGAAGAUUUGAUUACCACAAUUUCUAGAUAAUUUUGCUUGCCAAAUUACAUCUUCAUUUUUAGCAGUUCACUCACCCAAGUUUAGGACCAUUGAUUUUUUUGUUUGUUAAUUGUUUAAAAACAUAUGAAAACUUGUGGAUGUUUCAGUACACUAGAGGGCACUUUUCCCUUGUUGCUCUGUGCUUGGGCCUAUACUGUAGUAGUAUUUACUGUCUUUUCUGCCUCAUCUUGGAGGAAUUACUAUUGAUCUCCCUUCCCUUUAUAAAAAGCCCAAUCAGACCCACUUGCCAGUAAGUACAUUAUCUGGUUCUUUCGAGUUUUGGGUAAUUUGGACAGUAGAAGCAUUGGUUCCUGUCUCCUGUUUCAGUUAGUGUAGAAAAUGGGGACUCUUCAUCAGAAAUCAGGGCAAGCUUGGGUCUGCCUAGGCCAGCUCCUGGAUCAGAGUGAGACUGGAGGGAAAGACACUGGAGGAUGUGUGUGUUUGAUUAGGAGCAUCAGAACCAAAGUAAAUUUGUUCCCCCAAGCCAGAACUGGAGUUGAAGUGCGACACACAAUCCCAGUGGAGCAGGGUCAGCCACCCGACUGCCCUUGGAUUACCAAGGCUGGGGCUUACACAUCCAAGAAAGGCAGGUUCUGUGUCCUUGCUUUUUCAUAGCAAGAGAAUAGACUCUGGUGUGCCUCCUUUUAAUAGGCAGUAUUCUAACUAGGAAGCAUUUGUCAAUUGUCUGCCUCCCAACUGACAACAGAAACUCAUUUCCCAACUUUCCUAACAUCUUAACUUUUCUUCUGGGAGAACUAGAAAGUAGAAUUUGCUUUGAUUAUCUCAGGAGCUAUGAACAAGUCAGGUCUUGUUUUCUGACUAUCCCUGUUCUUUCUUCUCUGUCAACUGUGAAAGUGAGGGGGGAGGGUCCUGCCCCCCUCCUUUAAGGUCCCCAGACCUAGGAGCGCAUUAGGUACUAAACCAAACAGUGCAACUUGUAAGUAAGCAGCUGCAGUGUUUACAUGUUUCUUAAUGUGUUGUCUUUUCAAUGGCUGUAUUUUAAAAGAACACUUGUUUUAAUGGUCUAAUUAAAGGAUGCCCUGUGGCUUUGGAGGCAUCGUGCUCAUGGUCCACCUGUGGUCUUUUCUGUCUUAACACUGUUCCACCUCUGCCACUGAGGACAAGGCAGACACUCACAGUGACUCCAACACAGUACCUGCGCUGAGUAGACAGCCCCCAGUGAACAAUGACAAACACUUUAUUAACCACCUGUUGUAGACAAGUGCAUGGCUGAGAAGUAAAUUCAGGUUUUACCUCUGUCUAUCAACUUGUUUUGAAACCACUCAUUGCUUAAACUGAACUCUGUGGGGCCCAGAGGACUUAAGGGGCAGGUGAGAAAGGCUGGUAUAGAAAGACCAAAAGUUAGUUUCAGUGAUUGUUAUAACUACUAGCAAUUGUAAAGUGCCCUGCAUCUUCCAACCAAGCAGCAGAAGAAGCCAGUCUGAAGGUAAGAGAUCUACAGUGGCAUAUUCACCACACCCAGUGUACUUAAAAAUAAAACACUUUCCAGGCCUGGGAUUUAGCU